AUGGUAGACAUUGUCACCGUACCCGGCGAGAUCGUACUUGGCGGUCUUUUCCCAAUUCACGAAGCCGGUAGAAACGGGUCCCACUGCGGGAAAAUUAAGGCCGACCAAGGCGUUCAACGUAUGGUGGCUAUGCUGUAUGCCCUGGAGAAAAUCAAUCAGGAUCACACCGUACUGCCACAAGCAAGCUUAGGAGCUCAGAUCCUUGACACCUGUUCCGUUGACAGCUAUGCACUGGAACAAACAUUGGAAUUCAUCAAGUCCGUCAUGUCCAGUGGUGAUGGAGCAGUCUGUGCGGACGGUUCAUCAGCUUCGUAUCAUCGUCAGCCCGUCGCCGCCGUCGUAGGUGCAGCCGGUAGUCAAGUUUCCGUCAUGGUGGCCAGCAUGCUUCAGCUUUUCAAGAUCCCUCAAGUGAGCUACUCGUCCACUGGAUCAGAGCUGAGUGAAAAGCCUCGAUUCGCCUAUUUUUCUCGUGUGGUACCUCCAGACAACCUUCAAGCGCAAGUGAUGGCAAGAGUGAUCCGCGAAUUGGACUGGACCUAUGUACACGCUAUAGCUGAUACCGGCUCAUAUGGUGAACGAGGCAUGGAUUCAUUUCGAGCAGCUGCUACUGAUUUGGGGAUAUGUAUUGACGGAGAUGUACAUAAGAUCGGCCGACGAUGGACGGAUAAAAACUUUCGUGACCUGUUGAUACAUAUGCAUCGAACUCGGAAAGCUCGUGGUGUGGUGAUGUUCGUUGAUGAAGACAAUCUCAAACGACUACUUCACACCCUUGACAAGCUGAUCAAGGACGGUCACACCGAACUCGACCGACAUUUUUGGUUUGUCGCCAGUGAUUCGUGGGGAAUCAAACAAUCCGUCGUGCUCGGCUUGGAACAUCUACUUGCAGGAUCGAUUACUAUUGCACCGCAUGUUCGAGAAGAGAAAGGCUACAUCACAUUUUUUCGCAAGCUUUCACCGGCUGGUUUCACGUUUCUCGAAGAAUACUGGGAAUAUCUGGGUUGUGCUAAGAACUACGAGCUGAAGUACUUUGGAGAAUGUUUCGAUUAUAUCAACUACACAUUAAAGCAGGAAUCCUACGUGCCAUUUGUCAUCGAUGCUGUACGUGUACUGGCCAGGGCAAUAUCAAAGUAUAUUUCGGACGACUGUGGUCAAAAAGAAUUCCAUCGCUGUGAUCUUUCAACGUCACGGUUCAAAGGUGAUCGCUUACAGAAGUACUACAGGAAUGUAUCUCUCAGUGAAAACGAGUCACCUUUGAUAGACGCGAAUGGCGAUGGAAUUGGACGCUAUGAUGUUUUCCAACUUGACACUAAAGGAGUCUACCACAAGGUAGGCAAGUGGCGGUCUUCUGAGGACUCGUUCGAGGUGCGUGUUGAACAAGUUCGACGCGGUUUUCGUCUACCACCAGGUGUCAGCCCCUAUUCCGUCUGCUCAGUGGAUUGCCCACGUGGACAUUAUCGAGCCUAUCAAGAUCAAACCUGCUGUUGGGCUUGUAUUCCAUGUGACACAGCUACCAGUAUUAUCAUCAAUGUAACAAGGUCAGGAAAAUCUAAAAAAGCUUCUUAUGCCUUCAAUCAAUUAUUGAUCGCCUGCUAUUCGAUAGACUAA